ACAGAAUCGGGAGUUUGACCAACAUGUCGACUAGAGCUGAAUCUCAUCAAAAGUGUUCCUACAAGUGCAGCAAGUGUGGCAAGGAGUAUCGUUACCGGCGGCGUCUGGAGGCUCACAUGCGGGCAUGCGGAGAUCAACCUUAUCGGUGCGAGAAAUGCAACAAAGGUUUCCAUCAGCCAGGUCGUCUGAAGGCCCACAUGCGGUCUCACACGGGGGAGAAACGGUAUCAAUGUGAGGAGUGCAGCAGGUGCUUCAGUACAUCGGGUACUCUAAAGUCACAUAUCAGAAUCCACACCGGUGAGAAACCGUACAGGUGUGAGGAGUGCGGCAGGCAGUUCCGUCAGAAGUCUAUUUUAAAGACUCACAUGCAGACGCAUACGGGCGAGAAGCCUUAUCAAUGCGGGGAGUGCAGAAGACAGUUCAGUGAGAUGAGUAGUCUACAGACACACAUGCGGACUCAUACAGGGGAGAAACCGUACACUUGUGAAGAGUGCAGCAAAGAGUUUAGCGCGUUAAACAUUCUGAAGAUCCACAUGCGGACUCACACUGGUGAGAGACCGUAUAGAUGUGAGGAGUGCGGCAAGCAGUUUAGACAGCUGCCUGGACUAAAGGAGCACAUGCGGACUCACACCGGGGAGAAACCGUAUAGGUGCGAGGAGUGCAGCAAGCAGUUUACUACAAUGUGCCAACUAAAGAAUCACAUGCGGACUCAUACAGGCGAGAAACCUUACAAAUGCGAGGAGUGCAGCAGGCAGUUCAAUACCUCGUCACAACUUACGAGACACAAGCUAACUCACACAGGUGAGAAACCUUACACGUGUGAGGAGUGCAGCAAGCAGUUUAUCAUGCUCAGUAGUCUGAAGAUUCAUAUGCGGACUCACACAGGUGAGAAACCCUACAAGUGUGAGGAGUGCGGCAAGCAGUUUCGUGAGCUGGGUACUCUCAAGAGACACGCAAGAACUCACACGGGUGAGAAACCGUACAAAUGUGAGGAAUGCAGUAGGCAGUUCAGCGUCCAGAGUAGUUUGAAGGAACACAUGCGGACUCACACCGGUGAGAAACCGUAUAGUUGUGGGGAUUGCGGUAAGCAGUUUAACCGCCUGGGUUCCCUGAAAGAUCACAUGAAAACUCACACAGGUGAGCGACCGUACACUUGUGAGGAGUGCAGCAGGCAGUUCAGCACCAUGAGUAUCCUGAAGACUCACAUGCGUACUCACACAGGUGAAACACCUUACACGUGUGAAGAAUGCAGUAGGCAGUUCAGAGCCCCGGGUAGUUUAAAGGACCACAUGCGGACUCACACCGGUGAGAAACCGUUUAGUUGUGGGAAUUGUAGUAAACAGUUUAGUCGCCUAAAUACUCUGAAGGAACACAUGAGAACCCACACUGGUGAGAAACCGUUCAGGUGUGAGGAGUGCAGCAAGCAGUUUACUACAAAGUCAAAUCUAAGAAAUCACAUGCGAACUCACACUAGUGAGAAACCGUACAAGUGUGGUGAGUGUGACAAGGAGUUUCCUAAACGGACUGAUCUGGGGCGACACAUGCGGACGCACACAGGCGAGAAACCUUACAAAUGUAAAGAGUGUAACAGACGCUUCAGUCUGCUAGGUAAUCGGAAGCGACAUAUGCGGGUUCACACAGGUGAGAAACCGUACGCGUGUGAGCAAUGCCACAAAAGCUUCAGUCAUCUGGGUAAUCUGGCGACUCACGUCCGGAUUCACACCGGUGAGAAACCGUACAAAUGUGAAGAGUGCAGCAGGCGAUUCACCUACCUCGGUCAUCUAAAGAGACACAUGCGGACUCACACCGGUGAGAAACCCUACAGGUGUGAGGAGUGCGGUAGGUGUUUCGUUGUGAUGGGUGACCUGAAGGGGCAUAUCAGAACUCACACAGGUGAGAAACCGUACAGGUGUGAGGAGUGUGGGCGACAGUUUUGUCAUCUGUCAAAUCUAAAGACACAUAUGCGGACACACAAAGGUGAGCGACCGUACAAAUGUGAAGAAUGUAGCAUGCACUUCAGCAGGUUGGAUGUACUGAAAACCCAUAUGAGAACUCACACUGGAGAGAAACCGUACACGUGUGAGAAAUGCAGUAGAAGCUUCCGUCAAUCAAGUGGUUUGAGGGCCCACAUGCUAACCCAUACCGACAAACACUAGUCAUAGUGUGAAGAUCAUUUAAUGUGGGUCAAAAGCAAAAACUAAGGCACAAUUAAAGUUUGCAACUGUUUAAUGAACAAUAGAAUCGAUUUAAAUGUCGACUGUAUGUGGAUCAAACUGUGUGAUACUUAUGCAAAUGUCACCUUAUACUUUUACCACUUAUAACGACCGCAGAAUGUUGAUUAGAACUAGAAGUAGUGUGUACAAUGUGGUGUUUAGGCAAUAGCGGCAGAGUGGCAUGGUAAGAUACCGUUCAUUUCACAUCAAACUUAACAGUCGUAUCUUAGCACAUGUCACUUUUCAUAUUCGACUGACCUC